UCUAGCGGCUAUUAAGGACGUGGACCCUUGCAGGGAAAUGGUAAUGUCUGAACUUCCUAAAACUGAGGAGGUAUUAGCGGAACACCUGUAUGCCAAAGUACGCCUCCUGUGCCCAGCGUAUGCAGAGAAGGUGACGGGAAUGUUGGUCGAGAGUGGUAGGGAGGGAUUGUUGCUGAUGUUGAAUGAUGAUGCUGUUCUCCAAGAUAGGAUUGUAACUGCUCUAAAUACCAUUGAAGAUUACAGGUCGGAUUCCUCAUGCCAUGGUGAACAAGAACCAUGUCCCAAGGAGAGUGAUCAAGACAGAGAUGCGGUUGGGGAAGUUUUGUUUGAGAAAGUUGCAGAAAUUGAGCCAGAGCUUAGUGCACAAAUCACAGGUAUGCUGCUAGAACUGGAUGUCCACACACUUGAAAAACUUAUAGAAUCCAGCCAAGAGCUGACCAUAGCAGUAGACAAAGCAAAAUCUGAAUAUCUCAGGCAUUGCAAUGGUGAGAUGAAUUCUGCAACUAAAACUAGAGAAGAGCUUGGAGAAGAACUUUUCGAACUAGUGGUGUCCAGGCAUCCGGAGAAGGCUGCCAAAUUGACAGGGAUGCUUUUAGAAAUGCCAUUGGAAGAGCUGCAGAGGGUAUUGGAAGAGUCCAGUAAGCUGGAUAAAGCAGUUGAUUUGGCCGUGAAAGCUUUACAGGAAGAGGGAGAACCAUGACACUUUAACAGAAGGCAGUAUUCACAAAGUGGUGCUUUUUUUUCUUGUUAAACGAAGGCAGGCUAAACAGCUGAAGAAUUAAGCUGAAUUCCAGAGCUAUUUGUAGUCAUUACCAGAUAGUUUACAGUUAGUACUAGAACAGGCCUGGUUUGGUUAUAGUAGAGAUCACAAACUCUUCUGUCAAAAACUUAGAACAAACCUUAUUUUUUUCAUAAAAUGGGGGAGGGAAGCAGCUCCAAGUACUCUCAACUAGUGUCACACUCUGACACUGAUGAAGAUAGCCGACAGAUUGUCAAAAUAUUUCAUGUGAGCUAUUAUUUCUUUAGGUUUGUGACAAAAGAGCUUUUGAUCUUUAGUACCAUAGCAGCUGGCUACGAGGCAUAUCAUGACAUGAUAAUAAAGUCUGAUCAAAAUGAAAAUUUGGGGCCACAACACUAAUUCUGAGUAGACAGAGACUGGUAGUGAAAAUUUCAGUAUUUUAAGAUUCAAAUGUUGAGAAGUUUGAUCAUACUGUAACAAGGAAUUUGUUUUUGCCUUAUAUCCAAGAUUAUUUCCCUGGCAUAUAUCUACUGGUGCAGAUAACAUAUAUUUUAUUUCAUUUAAUGUGCCAUUUCACAGCAUACAAAGACAGAAGUGUCUAACAACUGGUGUUGAAUUGAUAUACUAUAUUCACUUUUUAUAUUCCUUUAUGUGCAUGUAGUGUUUACUGGUGCUAAAUUUUAAAUAGUUUUAUUUUAUCAGAUAUAUUUUUUUCCUUCAAAACAGGAGAAUUUCUUUAUGAUACAAAGGCAUGAAUUUAAGUUGAAUAAGUACUGUGAUUGAUGUCCAUAAUUACAGUUUUUAAUAGGAUAAUAUCACUUUACUACAUUCUUGUAACCCGACAGAUAUGUAUUAUGGAGGUUGUAGAAACCACCCAGAAAAAAAA